AUGAAAUUAUUCGUUAUAUUUUUUUGUCUAGUCAUAUUUUUUUUUGAGGAAAACAUUGGUAUUAAAAUACACAAAAAUGAUUCAGCAAUAUUUGAUAUUAAUAAGGUGUUAAAAAAUAAACUUUCAGUAUUAUACAGAAAAGGAAACAAAUUAAACAACUAUUUUUUUUCGUAUAUUGAGAAAAAUGGGAAAAAGAACAAGUGUUAUAAAUACAUACAAGAUACCUUGUAUGAUUCCAACACACAAAUUAUGAAAAAUGAAAUAUUUAAAUGCUUAAACAGUACUAAGGACAUAUUAAACAAAACGUUUCAUGAUGUUAUUAAUAAACUAUUUUUAUACAUUAAAAAUGUAUUUUUAAAAAAGUAUUUUAUUUUUUUCUUAUUAUAUUUAAUAAACAUAAAUUGUGACCAUUUGGUUUCGAAAAUAAAUGAUCCCUAUGUAUUAAAUAAUUACAAUUUGGUUGAAGAUGCUUCUCCUUCCAUGUUCAAUUUGAAAUAUGAAGAAAUAGAAAUUCCGAAUUCUAACAAAAUAAAAGGUUGGUUGAUUAAAGCGAACAAAAAAAGCAACAAAUUAUUUUUAUUACUACAUGGAUAUAACAGUAAUAGACAAGCAUGUUUGUUUUUUUUAAAUAUUUUAAAAAAAUUAAAUGUUCAUCAAGAUACUAAUAUAUUUAUACCAGAUAUGAAAAAUUUUAGUGAAAAGGGAGUAGAAGAUAUAUAUAACAUUUUAGCCUACUUCAAAGAUAAAAUGGCAUUAAAUGACGUAAGUAUGUAUACACAAUCUUCUACAAACCUUCUUGUUUUACUAUUAUCAAAACGUUACAAAAAUAAAAUUGUUAGUAAGUCAAAACAGAAAUUUAUAAAAAAUAUUAUACCAUAUAAUAAUGAGAAAAAAAGUGGAGAGGAUGUAAUUUAUAUAGAUAAGUAUAUUUUUGAUUCCCCUAUACUAAAUUUACACAGAACAAUUAACAUUCAUUUUAAUUUAAACGAUAUACAAAGAAAAAUAAAUGAAGAAAAAAUAAAAAGUAAUGUUGACAUGAAUAGUGUAUAUGACAAAAAAACUGUAUUAAGUUAUUUUAUUUCCUUUUUUAUGUGGAUAUUAAAUAACCAAUUAAAGGGGCAUUUAUACGAUUUCGACUUUAACAAAUUGAUACAUGAAAAUAACAUCAACCCGUCGAAUAUAUACAUUUUGCAUUCCUAUAAUGAUAACAUUUCCUUAUUGAAUAUACUCUCGCAAGAGGUAAAGGAAAACAGAUUAUUACCACUGGAUAAUAUUUACAUAUUUAAGAAUGGGCGACACGCAAAUAUAUACGAAUCAUCUAAGAAAGAGUACGAUUUGAUAAUUAAGAGAAUUAUAAAGGGAUUCAGCAUAUUGGAUUUUAUUUACUAUAUUCCCUUGAGAUCCAAGAUGAGUUCCAUUUCCUUUUAG